AUGGCAUCACAAAUUCAUUUUCUUGAUAUCAAGGGCAAAUCAUUGCUCUCGCGUGAUUAUAAGGGUGAUAUCCCCAGUAAUACAAUUGAGAAGUUCCCUUUAUUGCUUUUGGAAUUGGAAAAUUCUAUAGAGGAAGGUGAAUACAAGCCAUUCAUAAACAACCAAGGAAUCAAUUAUGUGUUCAUAAAUCAUAAUAAUUUAUAUAUUUGUGCAUUGACGCGCAAGAAUGAAAACAUUAUGGCAAUUAUUAUGUUUUUAUCCAAGUUGGUUGAAGUCAUGACUCAAUAUUUCAAGUCCUUGGAAGAAGAAAGUAUUCGUGAUAAUUUUGUCAUCAUAUAUGAAUUAUUGGAUGAAAUGAUGGAUUUUGGUAUACCACAAAUAACAGACACAAAGAUAUUGAAAGAAUACAUUACUCAAGACUACUAUUCCUUGAUCAAAUCUUCACCUCAACAUUUAUUAACACCACCAAAUGCGGUGACAAACGCUGUCAGUUGGAGAAAAGAUGGUAUUUUCUACAAGAAGAAUGAAGCAUUCUUGGAUGUUAUUGAAUCUAUCAACAUGUUAAUAAAUGCCAAUGGACAAGUAUUAAAUAGUGAAAUCUUGGGAGAAGUCAAAAUUAAGUCACAUUUGAGUGGUAUGCCCGACUUAAGGUUAGGACUUAACGAUAAGGGGAUAUUCACAUCAGAAGGGGAUACCAGUGGUAAAGGUAUUGAAAUGGAAGAUAUCAAGUUCCAUCAAUGUGUUAGAUUAUCCAAAUUUGAAAAUGAAAAGAUUAUCACAUUCAUACCACCAGAUGGAGAAUUUACAUUAAUGAGUUAUAGAUUAUCAAGUGCACAAUUUCUCAUGAAGCCCUUACUAUUGGUCAAUUGUCGAAUGAAGGUGCAUAAGCAUUCCAGAAUUGAAAUUGUGUGUUCUAUAAAGGCACAAAUAAAGAAAAAAUCAACUGCAAAUAAUGUUGAAGUAAUUAUACCAAUCCCAGAAGAUGCCGAUACACCAAAAUUCAACCCAGAGUAUGGUUCGGUUAAGUGGAUCCCAGAAAAAUCUUGUCUUGUAUGGAAAUUAAAGACUUUCCCAGGUGGUAAACAAUUUACCAUGUCGGCAGAAUUAGGAUUACCAGCUGUGGUUGACUCAGAAAAGGCGAUUGCCAACAAUAAACCUAUAAAAGUCAAUUUUUCAAUUCCUUAUUUUACCACUAGUGGAAUUCAAGUGAGAUAUUUAAGAAUUAAUGAACCUAAAUUACAAUAUCAAUCCUAUCCUUGGGUCAGAUAUAUUACUCAAUCUGGUGAAGAUUAUACAGUUAGAAUGAAGUAA